CCACCAGGUACUGGGACCGGUGGAUUUGUCCGGGGCCCACCAGCUGGGGGUGGCCUUGGUACUCCCUGACGCGGACCCGGUGGCACCGCAACAAGUCGCCCGCGCCCUGGACCGGGGGGAAAAGCUCGGGCGCAGGCCGGAAGACGUUGCAGACCACCCCCAUGUCCGCCUCUGUCAUGGUCUCGUCCACCAAGAGGAAGCUUUGCGAGAAGUCCGUGCCGUUCGUGGGCCUCGGGGCGCCCAUGGAGCCCACCAUCGCCCACACGUUCACCUCCUUCCCCAGGUCCUGCCCCAAGACCAGCUCCCCGCACCGCCUGUACUCGUACCUCCGCAUUUGCAAAAUUGCGCCUCGUCUGGCAUGCUCGUCCUUCCCUCUCUCACCUCCAACAUUUUGCACACGUCCCUGAACGCCGGC